GAUGGCAAGAACCGGCCCGGCGUGGCCUACCCGGCCUUCCUGGAGCCCGAGGAGGCCUUCGCGUUGCCGGACUCGCUGCUCGUGGUGCUGGACAUGGACGAGGGCACGCUCAGCUUCGUCGUGGACGGCCAGUACCUGGGCGUGGCCUUCCGGGGCCUCAAGGGCAAGAAGCUGUACCCGGUGGUGAGUGCCGUGUGGGGCCACUGUGAAGUCACCAUGCGCUACAUCAACGGCCUUGACCCCGAGCCCCUGCCGCUGAUGGACCUGUGCCGGAGAUCCAUCCGCCUGGCCCUGGGCCGCCAGCGCCUGCAGGACAUCGGCGCCCUGCCCCUGCCUCAGUCCCUCAAAAACUACCUGCAGUACCAGUGACGGCCUGUGGCGCCGAGGGCCCGGCCUUCCUUUCACGGCACAGGGAACAUGCGGGCAGGGGCCUUUCUCGCCCGGCUCCCCAGAACUUGCAGCUCUUUGGAAGGCCAGUGCGCGUUCCCAACCUGAAAAAUGAAUGUCUGUUGCCAACAGUAUUUGCUGCCCGAGAAGCAGCUCCCCACAGUCCCGACACCUCCUUGGAAGCCUUGAAGCCCCCGGAGGAGGGCCCGCCUGCCCACUGGACACCUCCGAUGGUAUUGAUCCGGGAGCCCGUCUCCAUAUUCAAGAGAAUGAAUAAAACAUUGGGGCAGGAGACUCUGUUGUGUGCGGAGCAGGCAGGGCCAGCUGGGGGAGAAACUGCCUCCGGAUAAUGAAUGAUGACAGCAGCCAGGUCCCCUCGGGCCCUCACCCCUUGUCAGGGCAGGAUACUUGAGGACUGCGCCCCUUUGAGAGAGAUGCCCGCAGGCAGAACUGGCAAGUGGCCCGAGCAGUGUUUAGCCACACGCCUCUGGCUUACCUCUUCGAAAGUUUACUUACCCGAGUCACUGCCUUCCUGCCCCUCACCCACCCCCAUUGCCCCAGGCACCUCUUAUUCAGGGAAGCUGAGUCUCACGAAUUCACCCCAGGGACAGAGUGUUUCUUUUAUUAUUAUUUUAAGCAGCAGGUGCAUUUUAAGAGAGGAGUACGAGGAGUGAGGGCAGUACUUAGUCCAAAGGUGCUAGUGGGGGAGGGGAGGGGCAUUGCAACCCCCUGGUGGAUGAUGUCGGGGAGGCCGGGGGUCUCUAGGCAACCAUCCACUCAGGAUGCAGCCUGGUUGCCACAAAGCUUUAUUUGAGCAAACUAUUUUUUCACUUUAGGAGACUUGUACGAGCUUGUUUGUUUCAAAUGUGUGUGUGACAUGCUGUUUAUUUAUCAGCGUGGGGCCCGUGAGGGCAGCCCCGUAACUGGAAGGGUGGGCGUGGGAGGCACCUUCUUCACCUGCUCCAAACCUGGCCCUCUCCCGGAAGGAUGCUGCUGCUGAGACCGCCUCCCUGGGCAGCCCUCGAGUGUUUCCGACGCUCUCUGCCCAGACGCAUUUUUAACUGGAAAUUGUCCCAGCAGUGGAAUUUCGGAGCCCCAGACGGCACUGCCGCCCCCACUUCAAUGUGAAUUUGACUGAUGAAUGAGGAACGUUUCUAAUAAAGUGUGUCAUUCAGUCCUUCA